GACGGUCAUCACUCACCGUCAGGCACGAAUCUGCCUAUCACAGGGCGGGGUGCUGCAUUCAGUGGCUCACCCCACUGAUAACAGCCGCAAACAAGUCCUCGAUAAGGUCCACAAGUGACGCCACCAACCUGACCCACAAAUCCAGUUGUUGACAAAUCCAAGUUGUCUGACCAGCAGGCAGAUGCGAACACUUGACGACCAGACUUGCUGAUCGCUGCAUGUUGUCUACUCACUGCGAGCAGCAUUUGAAACAAGGGUUUGUUAGCUGCGGAUGGAGAGCAGCAGGGGUCAGAGGUCAGCCCGUGGGCGAAACGCUCGCGUCGACGAGACGGAAGCGGGAAGUCGCCCGAGCAGCAGCCGGAAGCCUGCAAAAAGUUCUCGCAAGGGCGUGGCACCUGCAGAAACUCUGGAGAAAGGAGAAGAAAAGGAAAACGAACAGGAUGACAUGCCCACCCACAACAACCCAUGUUGUACAACAUGCACGCCCCAUCACAGCUUCCCCUGCAAAAUCCUCUUCUUCCUGGCGAUCCUCGCCCUCGACUUCGCCGACCUCAUCAGCGAUUGGCUGCUCUUCGUUGACGUCAUCCUAACACGUGAAGGGCUGGUGUACGGGCCACCCGAGAAUGCCGCCAUCUACGCCCUCCUCGCCUUCUCCAUCGUCGGCACAGUCACCUUCAUCUUCGAAGCCGUUAACCUGUGGUGGGAGGUGUUCCGUUAUAACCCCUGGCUGGACGCCGACCUCGUGUCCGCGGUCAUCAUCUGGAUCGAGGACCUGCCCCAGAUCGCCAUCAACGUCUACAUCGCCAUGUGCCGAGAGGAUCCUAUUAGCAUCUUCCAACUCUCCAAAGCUUCUGUCAUCUUGAUAGGCAUCCUCAUUCGCAUCAUCAUAUCUAGUGUCAAGUACUGCAACAAGGCGGCGCUGCGGGAGGCGCAGCUCAAGACGGCGGAGUCACAGCGUCACGUGGUCUUCCGCGUGUUCAUCAUGUCCGGCCUGCUCAUCAACGCCGCCUGCGCCAUCACCAUCUUCAUCUUCACGCAGACUCAGCGAGACAUGAAUGGCAAGAUCACAUUCAACGUCCCAACUACACUUCUGGAGGACCAGUACAACGACCAGCGCUACUUCCAGAAUGUGAGCGUGUUUAUUCACCAUCCUGACUUCGACACAGGAUCUCUCGGACCUAACAACAGGGCCAACUGGGUCCAGCUCAUGACCAUCAACAAAAUCCGUGACCAGCCUGACCUGGACAUUUCCUACCAAUAUGUCUACGAGAGAGACAGCAGUACUUUGCGAAUGGCACUCUGGACAAUGGAAGAAUGGAAAGGGAAGACCGGAAGCAGCAACUGGAGCCUGUCAGAGUGCUACAACAUGAGCCUGGCAAGCGGCAGGCUGAGUGUUGUGGACAACGUGACGUGUGCGAGUCCAACUUACUUCCGUCAGGCGCAGUACGUCUUCAUCACGUUCUCCUUCACGGCGCCAGCUGCCGUUUUCCGACGCCUGAUCUUUGGCGACAUCGGAGUCAAUCUGAACAUCGGACAAAAUGGCAGCUGCUUUGAGUACGACAACAUCACCGACGACGCCAGCAAGAACAUGCAGAUUCCCAGCAUUCACUACUACCGCAUCAACAGCACCCUCAUGUCGACGACAUCCAAGCAUGUGGUGAGCGAGAACGGCAUUUCUCGUUUCUACCGCAACGACGGCGUCGACUUGACGGACAUCAGGGAGGUGUGGAAGACCGGCUGGGGAGGAUGUGAGAGUUCAGGCAGCAUGGCGCCGCACCUGGACAGGAGCAUCAGCACACCUUGCGGCAGAUGAGUGUCGUAGGACUUGCUGACAGAUGGUGGUUUACCUUCCUUCCAGCUCAGUCUUCUUGAUGCAUCUCGACAGAUCGUGCCUUGUAUGCCAUAUUGGAAGAGGGAUAACUCUAGAAUAUUUUAGUCGAUUUUUUUAUUUACUAAUUUAUUUCCUUUGUGUUAUUGUUUGUUUUCUCAGAAAGUCAGGAUUUGUUACGGAGUUACAUGAGCUGUGGAUCUGAACAGGAAUAAGCCAAGGAGAAUGCUUGUAAAAUUUGGUUUGGUAUCAGAGAAAACAGUUUGUUGGAAAUUAUAAACCAUGUUUUGUGACAUUCAUGUUGAAAGUUUCUCUUACUUGCUAGAUAAUGCAGUUGACAAAUUUGUUAUUGACCUUCUUCACUGGACUGACUUGUACCGCGCCAGUUAUACGUCCAUUUCAACUGAAAGACAGCUGUUUGUAGUGUCAUGAAUGGGACCAACUUGUACAUUGUGUGAGUGUGUGUAUAUGUGCAUAUUUUAAUUUGCAUUCCUUAAUUUUGCUGCUGAUAAAUGCAGUGCUAAGUCUGCAAAAAUGACAUGAGGCAAGUCUUCUCUGUGGUGUGUAAACAGCAAGUGUACUGAAGAUCGUGAUGUAUAGUUUUUUCAUGUUUCACACACACAUCUAGCUUGUGCAGCGCAUUGAGUUGGUGUAAUUUAUCUUCUAAUCAAAAAUAAUUACAAAGCACAACCCACUGACUGGCUUUUUGUAUAUAGGUACAAACUGAUUUUGACAUUUGUCUCCCAAGAUCCUCAAUGGAGAAAGAGGCUGUGAAAAAAUGUAAAGAUCUUUUAAAAACUGCUGAACAUGUAUUUUAGACUUUUGCGAUUCAGAAUGAAAUUCUAGUCAGCUGCACAAAAACACCCUCUGAUUGUUUUGUCAUGAGCAGAAAAACUAUAAAAUGAGUUGUAAUGCAAGUUAAUAUAAAUAUGUGUAGAUGGAAUCAUGAACAACCAAAUGAAAUGGGUGAGAAAGAAUGGUUUGACCAAGUGAAUAUGAUCAAACUAGUUCCAUUGUUUUUGGGUGAAAUAUUUGUUGGUCCAUUACUCCUGCCCCAAUUAAACGAAGCGAAGAAAUUUUCUUCAUAGCAAGGGGCUGCCCACAUCGUAACUUGUUUGAUAUAUUUUGAUUCUACAAAAACACAUGGAGUUUGCUAUAUUUUAAAAUAAAUACAUAUUUUCUAAUUUUGGUGAUGAAAAUGAAAUGGCGAGACUAAAAAAAGGCAUUUAUCAGCUGCACGAUACAAGCAUCAUCAAAGUUUGGUACCUUAUGCUUGUUUUGAGACAACUGUUAAAUACAGGCUGUGAUAACCAAC